UUCCAUUUUCUUCUUCUUUUUUGUUUUUGUUUUUUGUUAGCAUGUUUGGAAACGUGGAUGUAGUUAUGAUUGCAUCCGUUUUACCAAACUACAAGCAUCAAAUAUUUUUGGUUUAAGAACCGAGUGAACCUGCAUCCACGCCAUAAUCGUCAUGUUUUUAAACGAGCUCUUACUAAUCGACUGGUAACUUUUUAUUUGUCUUCACUUGAGGAAAGGUUACAUUGCAAAAUCAGGAAAGAAAUUAGGUCAGAACAUCUGGAUCGAUCGAGAUAGAUAGAUAGGCAGAGAGAAUGGGUCGUAAGAAAGUAGAGCUAAAACGAAUCGAAAACAAGAGCAGUCGCCAAGUUACUUUCUCAAAGAGGAGAAAUGGAUUGAUUAAGAAAGCUCACGAACUCUCUGUUCUUUGUGACGUCCAAGUAGCUCUCCUCACCUUCUCAAAUGGAGGCAAGCUCUAUGAAUUCUCUAGCGUUGGCAGUAUAGCCAAAAUCCUCGAGCGUUACAAGAGUCAUUCUGAAGUGAUGGCUACUUCAUCUAAAGGUGCUAAUGAUUCAGAGGUAUACUUUGGUAAAUACGCAAAUUUGAAAUCAGCUGCGGAGAUACUGCAAAUACCUCAAAGGAAACUUGAAGGUUCAUGUCCUGGGGAGCAGACCUUGAGUGAGUUUGUGCAACAAGCGACACAGCUUGAUGCUGCACUAACAUAUGUCAGAGCUAGAAAGGUCAACUGUAUCUCUUUUGUCCUUUGCCAUUUUAAAUACGUUUCCUCUGGACAAGCAUUUGGAUAUCAGAUUGUCUUCCUUGAUGCAACUGAUGCUGGAGUCGGUGAAGUCUCUCCAGGACAAGGAAAAGAUGCUGAAAGAGGAAAACCAACUGCUACAGAAACAGUACUUGCAGAUUGUAGCAAUGAAGAAUGGUGGUGAAAUUUAUAACGGCAAGGUGGAUCACCCUUUGGGUCAUCCUCCACAACAAACAACACUGUGUUUGCUUAAAUAGUAAGGCAGCACUGCAUGUGUGACAACUUACCGCUGGAGGUGCGCCACAAUGGCAGACACUCUAGUAGUUACCUCUUUGAUCUCACGUGCAUGUACUAGUAGCCUGCAUUUACCUUCAUUGUCUUGCUGCCAAAGUUGCAUUUCCACUGUUUAUGCCUCUGUUCUCUAUCUUAUCUGAGCCUAUGUGCAUAAGUUUCCUCCAGACGACCAGGCAUCUUAACUCUUGUUCCAAGCAUUUACAACAAAUCAAAAGCUUAUUUUUCCGUCAGUGACUCAUUGUUCUAUUAUGGCCUGCUGUUGACAUUCAUUGUAAGAGUAUAUAUAAAUAAAUGAGCUUGAGGAGCUUGCACUAAA